UUGCGUUUAUCACAACAUGUGCUUUAAAUUAUUCUUUAAUUUGCCAAUACUUGACUGAUUUCACAACCCUUCCUCAUAAAUUAUGAUGGCUUCCAUUACAGGAUUUUGAAAUUUAUAUUCUAAUUAUUAACUGAAAUGUUAAUGUUAAUCUCUUGAUCAAUAGUAGAAAUUAAUAAUUAAUAAAAUUUGAUUCUAAUUUCAGUCCUCGCACCUAAGUUGCAUUGAUUCAUACAGCCAAUUAAUAAUACUAACCUUCUGAGAAGAAGUAGCCAAUGGAGAUAAAAUUACAGGAUUAUUGGUAUUAAGAAAAAUAUUGGAAUUUAUUUGAGUUGUUAUGGAAGCUGUGCAGAAAAAGGAUGCUACCCAUAGAAAUGAUUCUAAAUGUUUCAAAGAAUGUUUUGGAUACUACAUUCCUAAACGUUUCAUUUUUGUAUUCCUUGGUUUCUUGGCAACUACCUUAUCAAUAUCAUUAAACACAAAUCUAAGUCUAGCCAUUGUAGCAAUGGUGGAUCGAUCGAAUGAAUCCAGUGUUCAAAUUCAGACGUCAAAUGAGUGCCUUCCUAAAGAAAUCUCUUUUUCCAAUAUUUCUCUAAACUCAAAAUCUUCUAGUAAACAGGGUGAGUUUAAAUGGAGUCCAGAAACAGAAGGUAUGCUGAUUGGCUGUCUGUAUUAUGGCCAAUUAGUUGGCGUUCUUCCUGGCGGCCGGAUGGCAGAACUAUACGGUGGCAAAAGAACAAUUAUGGGAUUCAUACUGCUAGCAUCUUUGUGUACUUUUGUAGCCCCUUUUGCAGCACGUGUUUCUAUUAUAUUGUUUGGGGUAUGCAGGUUCCUAGUUGGUGUUGGAACGGCUCCUGUAAUUCCUGUGCUUUUUUAUCUCCUAUCUCGAUGGAUUCCAGAAACAGAGAGAAGUUUAAGCGCAUCAAUCUUACUCGCCGGAUAUGGUGUCGGUACCUUUGUUUCAUUUAUAACAGCUGGAUUCCUAUGCACAUCCGAUAUACUAGGUGGAUGGCCUUCGGUGUUCUACUUUGGAGGUAUUUGUGGAUUUUUAUGGUGUAGUCUGAGCUACCUCUUAAUUUAUGGCGAGCCAACAGAUCACCCUAACAUUACUGAAAAAGAACUAAAAUACAUUGCAGGAAAUUUAGGACCAACAGAACAAAAACAGAUCAAAAAGAUUCCAUGGAAAUCUAUUUUAAAAUCUAAAGCUUUCUGGUCUUUGGCUAUAGGGUAUUUUGGGCAAUUUUGGAUUUUAGGGUUUUUCUGCUCGGUCCAGGCUUUGUACAUGGGAACUAUUCUAAAUAUAGAUAGCAAAAUGACUGGUGAAUUGUCUAGCUGGCCUCAUUUGGUACGAGGUUUAUUUGCCUGCUUAUGUGGAUAUCCUGCAGAUUGGGCUUUGAAAAGACGUUAUGUCAGCAAGGAAUUUCUCAGAAAAGGAGCUACUGCUAUAAAUUCCGUGUUUGCUUGCCUUGGAUUUGUAGCCAUUAUUGUAGCAGGGUGUGAUCCUAUUCUGAAUACAGUAUUCUUCACCUUGGGUGGUUUAUUAGGUGAUUUUGUAACAUUUGGAGUUUGCAUGGCUGGAGUUGACAUUGCCCCAAACUUAUCAGGUACUUUGUCUGCAGUUUUAAACAUAAUUGGAGUUGUACCGUUUUUUGUUAUACCUGCUUUGGUUGGAUUUUUCACCACACACGAGCGAUCCAGAGCGCAGUGGAGGUUUGUUUAUUACAUAAUUAUAGGAGUAGUGGCCAUUUCUACUUUAAUAUUUGUUCUAUUUGGAACAUCAGAACCUCAAACAUGGGGAACAUGUGAGGAGGAAGUAGAAAACAAAGAGAAGGAGAAGCAAAAAGAGCAAGAUUCAAAAAAUGAAAAGAAAUCAGAAGCUAAUCAUAAAGAAAAACUUUAACUAUAAUAGGUAUUAAAUUAUGUGUUUGUAAAUUAAAUGUUUUUUAAUAAAAUAUUACUUUUUUACAUUAA